AUGGACGAUGUCCCUCAAGCAGGUGUUGGUAUCAUUUUUCCCCCGCCGCCGCCGCCGCCAACGAGACCUUCUACCGCUGGAGGAAUCACACCAUCUCAGAGCACGACCACGCUCCAAGGACUUCAAGGCCUUCCGCGGCAUGCGGCGCGCGGCUCUGUAGAUGGAACCCUAAGCACUGUCACUCCAAUGCCGGGCCAGCACAUUGGCCAUCGCGCACGGCAGCACAGUCAAGGCUUCUUCGAACCUUCACUGCCUCAUGCAACGGCGAAUCACAAUGGCCUUACUGCAUCGCAGAUCGCGGCUCAGGCCGCUAUGCACCACAUCUCACCACCACCUAGCAAUUUUGGAGAACGGAAACGCUCAUGUCCUGGCUUAGCACCUAUCAAUACUUCACGUCCUGCUGGCUACCGACGGCCAAGCCAUGACCAUAGUCCACAGGGCCACUUGGCAUCAGCUGGACCGCUGGCAUAUAGCAAUGGCACAGUAGGUGGCAGCAGAUUAGCGGCGACGACUGCCGCGAAUGCCGCCUUUCCAAAUGGCAGAAGCCCGCUUCCCUCGCCAGGUCUUCCGCCUCCGACGCACAAUAUUGCGCUCGGUCCACCUCCUGACAAGGAGCCCAAGACAAAGUCUUCCAAGAUCAAGCUUUUCAAGCCUAAGAACAUCAAUCUCAGCAAAGAAAAAGAUGGCAAAAUUGCCCCGAGUGUGCCUUCACCUGGCAAAACGCCUUCCACCGCCACUUUUCUGCGUAGUGGCUUCCCAAAUGCGUCAACCACAAGUCUGGUGGAUCCCAGCUCCAACAGUAGCUCGCUCUAUUCUUCAGCUAAUGCUUCGACAUCGACUCUGGUUCCUAACAUAUCCGAGAAGGACAAGGAGAAACGACAUCAUUUUCUGUCCCGACAGAAGCACAAAAUACGAGAUGAGCCGAAUCAGCUGCCUCUGUCAUCGGCGCAUUCGAAUUCUCAGGCAACUAACCCUGACAAACCCCAGCCCUUGUAUUCCUUCACACCAGAUUCCCCAAGCAUAGGCCCGUUCGCCAAGUCCAUGUCGGGGUUUGAUCUCAGACAUGGUGGUCGAGCGCUACGAGAAAAGAAGAAAGAGGAGAAGGCAGCUGCGGCUGCCGCCAAACUUGAUCUCACUCCAAUCGUCUCAAACACCUCAGCUACGGGAGCUGAAUCGUUCCUGGGACCUCCAACCAGCUAUGAAGGAAAUUUUGCCGGACCACCUUCUGGUACCACAAGUGUCUUUUCGUUCCCCUCGGAAAGCACACAACCUGUCACUGCGCAGGCUUUUAGCAACAUUGGUGCCCAGAUGGGACUUCCGGGAAUCGGGCCUGAUGAUGCGUGGCCGUUAUUGAAGGCGCGGCUGCUGAAUCUCUUCUCUGGCGAAAGUCUGAGAACGCCGAUCGAAGACUUCAAUGCUUUGGUCAGUGUGCACGUCCGUCGCUGCAUUCAGCGAAGGUCACCAAUAGUUCUCGUUGAGGAUGUAAGGGAGCUGCUACAGACUGGGUUUAGCUCUCUUGCCCAAACACUACGAGGUGUCCCCGAUGACAGACUUGUGACACACCUGGUCGAGAUGUGGACUGGGGUAUAUGGUGCCAUUCUGCCUUUCCUCCAGGCUGUCUUCCUUCCUCUCGAGCUCGAAUUUAAAGGUCGAGGUAACCUUAUGAGCGCGCGAGAAGCUCAAGAGUUCUGGGGCGUAAUCCCCGAAGCACUCAAAUCCGACGAUCGACCCUCCUCAGCAGGCGGCACAAGCAAGCCACCAAAUCUUCACGACGAGCUAGAGAUUCGUCGCAUAACCCUCAUCACUUUCCGCGAUCAAGUUAUCCUCCCCAAGCACGAAAGCCUUAUGAACAUCUUCAGUCGGCUAUCAUUAGAGAACAUCAAUGCCGGCGGCAUAUCACCAGACAUGAGCAGCUUUCCCAGCGGCAAAGGUGGUCGCGAGCAUGCCCGCAGCGAACCUGCAACCACAGGCGCCGAACGUCCCGGCACAGCAGGAAGUCUCAGUCCUCGACUAGCCAGUUUCAAUUCCCAAACCUCCACGCUUCUAGACGCAGCAAGCACAUCAGGUUCCGGUGGCGCCUUAUCUCUCGCAUCCCGAAGUCGAGCCACGUCGAAUACCUCCGCAGGCUCUUUUGGAACCAGCAUGCCACAUCUCAACUCCCCACUAGGCCCAGGAUCCUUCUCCGCCACAUCUCAACCGGCUCCUCCGCCUCAGCCUCCAGCGACCGUGUCAAUGGAUCCCGCGAAAGUCACCGAGACCGUCGCGAGAAUGUUGCAAUGUCUGUAUGUUGUGGCCAGUUGUCAAACGGGCGAUUUGCCGCAAGGGAAUGUUGAACGCUUGGUUGGCGCUUUGAAGUACAAUUGGCUUGGACGAGGCAGGACAGGGAGGGAUAGACGGGGUUGGGUACCUAAGAGAGCGGCUGGAAGAGUUGGACUUGUUGGUGCGUGA